UGGCGCAGCAUCAAAUGCCUGAGAGGAUUUUUACUCGGCUCUCUGUCACAUCUUGACUUGAUCUGAGCUUCAACACGGAUCAGAUGAACCCAAGCACCUCUGAUGCCACCUGCGGCUGUUUCUCCACAUUCGGUGUCAGUAACUCCUCAUGUAGAAGAACCGUGAGGAAAUCGUCUUUUUGAAUGGCCUCAUUAUAAUCACAGCUCAAGGAUUUCUGAGCAUCAGAAACUUUGUAAAAACCACAAACUACAAGGGUUUGACAUUUCUUUCUCUGCAUUCCUGUGAUAUUUCAGAACAUUUGGGUUUCUGUUUUGUUUCUCAAAUCCGCCGUGGUAAUUCGUUAUAUGGCCCAGAUGAGUUUUCUCAUAUGCAGCACUGUCUGGUUUCUCACUGCCCAUCUCCUGCGAGACAACAUGAGCUGCUGGGGACUGAAAUCUGCUGACAGGACCCCUGACCGACCCCACAGUGACCCCAAAUAUUCAUGGGAUGCCCUGCAAAGACAGAAACGAAACUGGGUUUGGAAUCAGUUCUUUGUGCUUGAGGAAUACACAGGGACUGAUCCUCUGUAUGUUGGCAAGCUGCAUUCAGAUGUGGAUAAGAGUGAUGGAAAUGUCAAGUACGUGUUGACUGGAGAUGGGGCAUCUUCUAUCUUCACUAUCGAUGAGAAAACCGGGGACAUCCAUGCCACCAAACGCCUGGACCGAGAGGAACAGGGUUAUUAUACUCUGCGUGCUCAAGCGGUCGACAGCAAAACCAGUGCUCCGGUGGAGGACGAGUCUGAAUUUAUUGUGAAGGUCCAGGACAUCAAUGACAAUGAGCCCAAGUUUCUGGACGGGCCAUACACUGCAGAGGUGCCUGAGAUGUCUCCUCUUGGCACCAUGGUGGUUCAGGUGACAGCGACAGAUGCAGAUGACCCCACCUAUGGCAAUAGCGCCAGAGUUGUCUACAGCAUCAUACAUGGACAGCCUUACUUCUCUGUGGAACCCAAGACAGGCAUCAUACGGACAGCCCUGCCCAACAUGGACAGAGAGACGCGUAACCAGUAUGUGCUGAUCAUUCAGGCCAAGGACAUGGUGGGUCAGAUGGGUGGCCUGUCAGGUACCACCUCUGUGACAGUCACGCUCACUGAUGUCAACGAUAACCCUCCAUGCUUCUCUCGUAAAUCAUAUCAGUACUCAGUGCUGGAAUCUCUGCCUGUAGCAUCAGUGGUGGCCAAACUGAAAGCCGUGGAUGCUGAUAUCGACUCCAAUGCAGAGAUGGACUACCAUAUAAUAGAUGGAGAUGCACCCGGUGUGUUCAACAUCACCACAGAUGAAGACACACAAGAGGGAGUCAUCUUUCUACAGAGGCCUUUGGACUAUGAAACCAAAAGCAGUUUUUCUCUGAAGAUUGAAGCUACUAAUCGGAAUAUUGACCCUCAGUUUCUGACUUUUGGCCCCUUCAGUGAUACAGCAGCUGUAAAUGUUAUUGUAGAGGAUGUGAAUGAGCCGCCAGUAUUUUCCCCCCUGAUCAGAAAGAUGAUGGUUUCUGAGGCAGCGAGGGUCGGCACAGUCGUUGGUACGGUUUCAGCCUCUGAUCCAGACUCAUCCAGCAGUGCAAUCAGGUACUCCAUAGACCGAAACACAGAUAUGGAACGCUUCUUCAAUGUGGAUGCACUGACUGGUGUCAUCAGCACAGCCAAAGCCCUCGACAGAGAAUUCAAUUCAUUCCACAAUAUCACCAUAUUGGCCACCGAGAACCGGGACCCAUCUCAAGUUGGCAGAGGAAUCGCUCUAAUCCGAGUCAUGGACAUUAACGACAAUGCUCCAGUGUUUGCUAUUGAAUAUGAGACCCACUUAUGUGAAAAUGCAGCACCUGGACAGGUCAUUCAAACGAUCAGUGCUGUGGAUAAAGACGAGCCUCUCAGCGGCCAUCGUUUCUAUUUUUCUCUCGCUAUCUCUGCUUCCAAUGAUAACAACUUCACCCUCAGAGAUAAUAAAGAUAACACUGCAUCAGUGUUGACGAAGCACGCUGAUUUCCGCCGGCAAGACCAGUCGCUGUACCUGUUACCAGUGUUGAUUGUGGACAGUGGCAGUCCCGCCUUGAGCAGCACUAACACUCUUUCCGUGAGAGUGUGUGACUGUGAUGUGGACGGCAUUCCUCAGGCAUGUGGCACCAUUGCUUUCUCUCUUCCUGAGGGUCUCAGCACUGGAGCUCUGCUUGCUAUAAUGGGCUGCAUCAUCACACUUCUGGUUCUGAUGCUGUUGAUCAUGGCAAUUCUACGCAGACGAAAAGCACCUCUUUUCCUCGAGGAUGAGCGUGAUGUGAGGGAAAAUAUUGUUCGUUAUGAUGAUGAAGGAGGAGGUGAAGAAGAUACAGAAGCUUUCGAUAUGGUCACCCUGCGUAAUCUCAAUAUCAUACGUGAUUCAAAGAUCCAGGAUACCAGUCAAGAAACAGCCUCAGUCUACCCAUACUCAGCUUCUGCUAUCUCCAGGACAUCUUAUAAAACACUUCCUGACAACAUUUUCUUUCAAGAGUUUAUCUGGGACAGGCUAAAAGUAACUGAUGUGGAUCCCUCAGCACCUCCGUAUGAUUCACUGCAGACUUACGCGUUUGAGGGAAAUGGCUCCAUAGCAGAGUCUCUAAGCACGCUGGAAUUGCCAAGUUCAGAAUCAGAGCAGAGUUAUGACUACCUCAGCAACUGGGGACCACGCUUCAAAAAACUGGCAGACCUGUAUGGCAAUUUUGAAGGAAGCAAUAUUUCUCCUAGCCUUUCCUAUCACGGAGAACUUUGGCCUAUAAACAUUUGAGAACACAACAAUUGUUGUUGUUCUAAAUACAGU